AAACAAUAAAUGAAUUUUCUUAUUUUUGUCAUGUGUUAGUUUUUAUUGUUAGGUAGAUGCAGAAAAGUUAAGAACAAUGUACAAUUGCUGCUGAUCAUUGACCUAAAGAGGGGUAAAAAUAAUAAUAAUAAUAAAGAAUUGAUAUAUCAUAUGUGGAUGGAAAUUAGGAGGGGCCAAUGAUUGAUCUUGUACAAAGCUCUCUCUUCACAAUUGCCCAUAACAAAUGAUGAUGCACAAACACAUCACACUUCUGUUCAUCAACAAAUAUUCAAGAUUCAGACAGCAACUAUUUACCCUUUAUCAACCAACUUUCUCUUCUUAACUAAGUUUUAUUACUUCUUUCCCACAAUCAAAUUAAACAGAUUCUUGGUGGGAUUCCCUCUUUUUCUCUCCAGACUUCUUCAGUUUUUUUGCAGAAUUUCAUAUUUAGUGAUCUGGGUCGGGUCUGAUUGUUCAAUAGAAUUGAUAAAAGCCCAAUAGGGAUUUCGGGUCUUUCUAAAUCGAACUUUCAAGAAUAAAAAAGAUUCGAUUUUGGGAUUUUUCUUUGAAUUAUCUAUUUUUCCUAUCAAAGAUACAAUUUUUAUCAUAAUUGGUGAUCUGGGUCGGGUCUGUUUGUUUGUUCGAAAGAAUUGAUCAAGCCCAAAUAGAAAUUCCGGGUUUUUUUUCAAUUUCAAGAAUCAAGAAUUUCCGAAUUAGGGUUUUUUUUUCUUGAACCUUCUAUUUCCCAAUCAAGAUUCAAUUUUUAUCACAAUUAGCAAUUUGGGGUCACUUCAAAUUUGCUUUAAAGACAUGAAUUUCAGGAGCAUGGAAGAAUUUUGGCCGUUCUACAUGAGCCAGCACUCAAAACCAGCAACAAGGCGCUGGCAUUUUGCAGGGACAAUUUGCAGUUUUUUGUGCUUGGUAUACUCACUGAUCUUCAAUUGGUGGUUUCUGAUAUUUGUGCCUGUAAUUGGAUAUGGUCUGGCAUGGUACAGCCACUUCUUUGUCGAAGGGAACGUGCCCGCAACUUUCGGACACCCGAUUUGGUCUCUGAUAUGUGACUACAAAAUGUUCGGAUUGAUGCUUACUGGUCAAAUGGAUAGAGAAAUCAAGAGGCUUGGCAAGAGACCUAUACUGCAAGCAUACUAGUAAUGCUUAUGUUUUCAUGUUCUUAUGUUUCUUACAAUUUCAACUUUUUUUAUUGAAAACAUUGUUUGUAAUAAACUAAAGUGACCUUUUGAUUUCCCAAUGUCUUCUGUUUCAGUAUAUAUACACCCCCCCCCCCCCGAUUGUGUUUGGUAUACUGGUGAAAAGUGUAUUUGGUUGAAUUUGGCUGUAUAUUACGUCUCUAAUGAUAUUUGAUCGAGAUAUUCGUGUUC